AGUGGACAGAGACACAUCGGCAAAUAUUGUGUGAUCAACAGAGAGAGACACAGAGAGCAAAGGAAAGAUACAGAGAGAAAUUUACCUGAGUAUCUACCUUAAGAAAAAUCACCCAAUUCAGGAUACAAACAAACAAUUUACCAAGAUGAAGCUGUUCUUUGCGAUCGUCGUAUUGGUGGUGCACACUGCCAUGGCCACAGAUUCUAGAGACGACUGUCGUACACUGGCCGAUCUGUAUUUCAUCGUGGACGCCUCCGACAGUAUGUCGACACAGAACUUUCAGCAAGAGCUGGAUUUUGUCAACAACGUUGUUGGCGGUUUGAUGCUGAACAGCACAGAGGGUUUCUCUGUUGGCGUCGUCGUCUUCAGCCAGAACCUCCAGGAGAUAAACCUGGGCAGUUUCAACACAAAGACCACUCUCCGAAAUGCCGUUAACAAGCUGAACCAUGACAGAGACGGCACCUUAACUCACCUAGCCAUCCAGCGAAUGACAAACUCGUUUAAGACUUACGGACGCUCCAACGUGCAGCAAAUCGCAAUUCUCCUUACAGACGGCCGCUCCAAGUUUCCCGAUCAGACGUCGUCCGCUGCAGCCAUUGCUCGGGCUAAUGGUAUCCUCAUGAUUGCAGUUGGUAUCGGAUCUCAGAUCAACAACGAAGAGAUGAACAGCAUUGCUUCCAGAUCUGAUCUUGUCUUCCUCGUACCCGACUUUGAAGCUCUCAUACACCUGGCUCAGCGAAUCGCCACCACUGUCUGUCCAGUAACUACAACAUCAACGACGACGACAACCACUACUACAACGACGACGACAACAACAACAACAACAACAGCCCCAGUCUACAAUCCUUGCGACGAUUGUACCUUUUACAAUGGAGUCGGCUACAACUCGCACGAAACUGACUGCAACUUGUUCUACCAGUGCCAUCUUGUCUACGGCGAACUGAAACCUGUUGUGAAACAAUGUGGAUUCGGUCUCUUCUGGAAUCAGGCUAAAUUGACCUGCAUGGAGCCAAAAGAUGUCCCGUCAUGUCCCCAGGUUCUAUGCCAGGGUAGGGCCACCAGCUACGUGUACACUGGUAACUGUGCCGCCUAUUGGACCUGUUACAACGACAGACCCACCUACGCACACUGCUGCCCCUGGGGUCAUGCCUUUGUCCAGGACGUGGGCUGUGUACCAGACUCCUCAUGCCAAGAUGUCUGCCCACCCGACGGAGUCGUCGGAGAUAAAGGUAUUUGCAACAAACUUCCUGGACCGAAUCCCGGUCAGUAUUACGAACAGUUGGAUGGUACCGAGCAAAUGCUGAGAGACUGUGCUCCUGGAACUGGUUUUGAUGAGCUGACAUGUGACUGCACUAUCUUCAUUCAUUACAAUCCCCCCAUCCAUGCUUGCCGCCCAGCUUUAUAUUUACCUUUUGACUACGACUUGAACGACAAGUCUCCAUCACACGCCUACGUGGGUAACAGCGGUGUCCAGAUUCUCAGGAACAUUCCAGGAGCCAUCGGGGACGGUGUUGCUUAUUUCGACGGUUACUCUUCAGCAAUCAUCCCAGUGUUCGCCAACAACGAUUUUGGGGACAAGUUCGUAAUAACCUUCCGAUACCAGGAGACGGCUGUCACUGGGGGAACGUACAAGUCAGAGGCUCUGAUCAGCAACAGCGGCUGUAAGUCCCCCUGUUCUGUAGCGGUCACCUUCAACAGAGCAGCUUCAGAAACUGAGGGCAAAAUCAGAACCAGUCUCAACGGGACUCAGACUGCGACCGUGAAGAAUAACAAAGCCUCAUGGAAACAGGUCCAGUACACUUACAACGGAGAGCACCUCAUCGUUGUUGUCGAUGGGGAAGUAACCCAUGUUCAAGCCGCAGGUGACAUCGAAAUCGUCCAGGCUGCUAUCCAGCUAGGCGUGGGAUGCAAAGAAUACGAUCGCUUCACUGGAUACAUGGACGAGCUUUACAUUUACAAAUGCCUUGUGUAAACUUAUCUCUAUGGCUGACCUCCAGGGCUCCUGUCAACUUCAACCAUUCUAGUCCCUUAAAGAACAUUUUUCUUGUAUAUAAUGCAUUAAAUUAAUUAUAGUUUUGUAACACUUUUAAGACAAGCGAAUGAUUUGAUUCGGUCACAAACUUCCAUGGUAUAGAUCAACAUUUGACAGUAUCACUGACCAUAUGUAUGUAUGAAGAGUCGAUCACGGUGAAAACAACUUCUUAUAAUAGUUGUUUCUUGGAUGCCUGAACUCUGGGGUCGCUUGCACUGAGCGAUCGUAGGCUAAGUUGAUUUUAAAUACCUUGGCGAUACAUGUAAAACCAUGAGUUGCCGUGGGACCUACAAUAAACUAAGCUUACGAUCGCUUACGAUUACAAGAGGCUCUUAAACCUAAUUAAUAGUACUCAAAUUGAUUUUAUCUGAAGUUUUCUAGGUUUAUGUAAUGUAGCUGCUAAGUCAUGGUGAAACUCAGCAGUAUAACAUAUUUAUUACGGAGAAAGACUGAGCUUGUUAGGGUAUAGAAAAGUAACUGGCUUUUCUUAGAACACAAUAUGUAUGUAUUUCACGUCUCUUUAAACCAAAAAGCUUUAGGUGAAUCGUAUGUUAUUGUAAAACACAUGUGGUUUCACUGUAAUUUAGUCCACAUCAUUAUUACUUGUAUUGUAUUAUUAAUUAGUACCGAUUGCAUCAUCUGUAAUUUCUUCACCUUGACACGUGUUUGUUUAUCAAAUAAAACACCUGAUACUAUA